UGCAAACCCAGAGAGAGAAUCCAAGGUAGUAUAGACCAUAGGUGUCCAUAGACCGGUUUCGAGCCUAUUCCCCGUCCCAGACCAGCUGGUCCUGGGGGAUGUGGAACCGAGACCGACAUCGAUAAUUUCAGUUCAGGGUCAGUUCUUAUCGAUCGGUUGGUCCUAAUCCUGUCUUUGUCGGUGUUUUAUUUAUUUAUAAUGCCAUUAAGAUAUUUAUUAUACUGCGUAAUUAUUUAAAUAAAAUUGUAACAAUGAAGUAAAUAUAUUUAGACAUUUUUUUCCAAAUUUUAAACGAUUAUAAAUAUCAAAAUAGCGAAUGACUACAAUACUACAAUGGUAGAUAUAAAGUCUUGUCAUAACACAUUUACCACAAGGUACACAAGAAGACUUUUUAUGAACUCUGGAAGGGAAGAAAAUCAAAUAUAGGCUAUUUCAAUGUAUUUGGAUGCAAAUGCUACAUCCACAAUAAUGGAAAAGCCCAUCUCAAACCCUUUGAUCCAAAGUCAGAUGAAGAGAUCUUUCCGUGAAACUCUCUCAUCAACAGGGUUUUCAGAAUCCUCAACAAGAGAAACAUGGUAGUGGAGGAAUGGAUUCAUGUUGUCUUUAAAGAUAGCUUAGUGAAAGAGAAAGCUGAAAAGGUUAGAAAUAUCAGCCAUUCAGAUCCUAAAGACGAUAAGAAGGCUCCCAGAUGCAUCCCAAAGGAACUUGAUAAGAGCAGUAGGCUGCUGCCAACAACGGGCUCAGUCAAGUGCCUCAACAAAGAUGAAUCAAAAGGGUCUAGCAGCAGUAAAGUAGAACCCCUUCAAACCCAGAUACAAGACGAAAGUGAUCUAAAUGAGAUUUUUGUUAUGAACCGUCUCAUGUUUGCCAGUAUCUAACGUUUAAACAUUUUGAAUCUAUGUAUUCUACUACUAGUUUAUGUAAUUUUAAAUUAAAAAGUUGUUUAAAGUUUUGGAUUAUGACUAAACUUUGAUGCAUU